CCGCCCCCCGCGCUGGCUCCGUGCCUCCCUGCCUCUCAUUGGCCGGCGCGUCUGUCCGUCUCCGCCCACGGGGCCGUGCCUGCCCGCGCCGGGUUCCUGGCUAAUUCGGCUGGUUGGGGGGCCGCCCACGCCAGUACGAGCCUGAGCCGGCGCCGGCUUCCAGGAGCUCCGAGGAGGAGGCGGCCAGGCGGCGCCGGAGCGGAGCAUCACCCGGGUGGGCGGCAGAGCCGCGGCCUCUCCUCCCGCAGAGCCACCUGUCGCAGGGCGCGGCAGCUGGUGGAAGAAAAGAUGUUGUCUCGAUUCAGAGUUGCGUCCAUGCCUUGUACUUGGGCAUGUCGUCAUUUGCACAUAAAAGAGAAAGGCAAGCCACUGAUGUUGAAUCCAAGAACAAACAAGGGCAUGGCCUUUACAUUACAGGAACGACAGAUGCUUGGUCUGCAAGGACUUCUACCUCCCAAGAUAGAGACACAAGAUAUUCAAGCCUUACGAUUCCAUCGAAACUUGAAGAAAAUGAGUAGCCCUUUGGAAAAAUACAUCUAUAUAAUGGGGAUACAAGAAAGAAAUGAGAAAUUGUUUUACAGGAUAUUGCAAGAUGAUAUUGAAAGUCUCAUGCCAAUUGUAUACACACCAACGGUUGGUCUUGCCUGCUCUCAGUAUGGACACAUCUUUAGGAGACCUAAGGGAUUGUUUAUUUCAAUCUCAGACAGAGGUCAUGUUAGAUCAAUUGUGGAUAACUGGCCAGAAAAUCAUGUUAAGGCUGUUGUGGUGACAGAUGGAGAGAGAAUUCUGGGUCUUGGAGACCUGGGUGUCUAUGGAAUGGGAAUUCCAGUAGGAAAACUUUGUUUGUACACAGCCUGUGCAGGAAUACGGCCAGAUAGGUGCCUGCCUGUGUGUAUUGACGUGGGAACUGAUAAUAUAGCACUCCUAAAAGAUCCAUUUUACAUGGGCUUGUAUCAGAAGAGAGACCGUUCACAACUUUAUGAUGAACUGAUUGAUGAGUUUAUGAAAGCUAUUACUGACAGAUAUGGCCGGAACACACUUAUUCAAUUUGAAGACUUUGGGAAUCAUAAUGCAUUCAGGUUUUUGAGGAAAUACCGAGAAAAAUAUUGUACUUUUAAUGAUGAUAUUCAAGGAACAGCUGCAGUAGCUUUAGCAGGUCUUCUUGCAGCACAAAAAGUGAUCAGUAAACCCAUCUCAGAACACAAAAUCUUAUUUCUUGGUGCAGGAGAGGCUGCUCUUGGAAUUGCAAAUCUUAUAGUUAUGUCUAUGGUAGAAAAUGGCCUCUCAGAAGAAGAAGCACAAAAGAAAAUCUGGAUGUUUGACAAAUAUGGUUUAUUAGUUAAGGGGCGGGAAGCUGAAAUAGACAGUCAUCAGGAACCAUUUGCUCAUUCAGCCCCAGAGAGCAUGCCUGGUACUUUUGAAGAUGCAGUGAAUAUACUUAAGCCAUCAGCUAUAAUUGGGGUUGCUGGUGCUGGCCGACUCUUUACUCCUGAUGUAAUCAAAGCCAUGGCCAGGAUCAAUGAAAGACCUGUAAUAUUUGCAUUAAGUAAUCCUACAACAAAGGCUGAGUGUACUCCCGAGGAAGCAUACACACUCACAGAGGGACGGUGUUUGUUUGCCAGUGGCAGUCCAUUUGGGCCAGUGAAACUGGAAGACGGGCGCGUCUUUACCCCCGGUCAAGGAAACAAUGUGUAUAUUUUUCCAGGCACUGACAAGUCAAUUGACGGAUGAAGAGCUAGCUCAAGGGAGACUUUACCCACCCCUUGCCAAUAUUCAGGAAGUUUCUGUUAACAUUGCUAUUAAAAUUACAGAAUACCUGUAUGCUAAUAAAAUGGCAUUCCGAUACCCAGAACCUGAAGACAAGGCCCAGUAUAUUAAAGAAAGGAUAUGGCGAAGUGAAUACGAUUCCCUGCUCCCGGAUGUGUAUGAAUGGCCAGAAUCUGCGUCCCGGCCUCCCCAGAUAACAGAAUCGGAGCCCUCCCACUGAUGCAUAAAUACUCCCGUGCGUCAGAGAGCCCUUCUGUCCAAGCAGAAAGCUGCAGUGUUCUCAGACUUACGGUGUUCUCUGUGUUUCAUUCUCCCUCACCCCCACCCCUUUGCGUGACUUCUGUUUUUCCCAUUGGGUCGCCCAUCUGUUGGGGAGUGGAUGUGUUGACUGUAUUGUUAAUGCCCACCAGUACCCUACAUUAAUUCUAAUUUGUAGCCCAUGGCACACCCAAGAGCUGUUACAGAUAUAUCUGUGAACAUCUUCACUUGCACUCUUCUUCAUGCUUGCCAGUGCAUUUACUAUUGCAGGUAAUAAUCGUCUCUCACCCAGUUCUUUUAGGGCUUCUGUAAUGGAAAUUUGCCUCUGUACAUCGGAACACAGAAUUUUGAAAAGAAACCACAUUCCAAGGAAGAACUGUUAGUAUCUAAAAUUGUUCUUUUGUAUCUGCUUCAUUUUACAUUCAUGCUCUGAAAUUCCUUUGUGGUAGACAGAUAUAGGGAAAGAUGAAAAAUUCACCCUAUUUAUUUUCUGGAACCAAAUCAAGGCUUAACUGUAUACCAUUAUAAGAAAGUAUCAAUAACUGUUGCUGCCUUUCAACAAAAGUAAUUUUCAACAGUAUAUAAAAAUCACUUUUAUUUAAUAAAAAUAAUAAGUUUAGUUGUUUCAGUUAUGCUGCCUUGUUGCCCAGCUAGAAAUUUAGGUUUGCUUAUUAGGAAAAACGUAUUUUCGUUUUCUUCACUUCUAGUUGAUUUUAGUAUGCCUGUCAUAAUGACUAACCUGAUAUGGCUUUUAAAAAAUAAGCGAGUCGUGUUUCAGGCCUAAGCGAGCUGAGUGUCAGCAGGGCGCUGUCCCCCCGCAGCAGCGCUCUGUGAGUGUCAGCAGGGCGCUGUCCCCCCCCCCCCCCCCCCAGCAGCGCUCUGUGACUUGAGUGACUGGCAGUGUUCCUGUGAUACAUUCCUUAAUAUCAUCAGUGAUGAUGACUCUCCAGUGAAGGUGAACUUAAAUUUUUUUUUAAAACCAUCAAAAUUACUUUGGAACAAAGUGGGGAUGGAUUAAAUAGAUGUUCAGGCUAGGAAAUGCCAUAUUUAGUUCCAGUAAAUUUCAUAAUAAUUGGCAGAAACCAGAUUUUCUGUGGCUUACAAAUGGGAGAGUUAUAAAAAUCCAGGAGCAUUUUGAAACAGAGUCAAAUUGCAGUAAUACCUCCCUAUCAGGAUUGCUUCAAGUGAACAGAACUUUUAAAUAUGCUGAUUCUCAAAUAAUGAUAGCCAUUCAGAGGCACCUAUCAGCAUGCACAGUAUCGCUGUUUCUCUGCAGGAGGAAAGGGGCUUACUCAUCCCUUCUUUCUGUAAAGACGUGAGUAAUAAUUUAGAAAGUGAUUUAUAGUUAAGGAUGCGUGGAAUGGCAUUGCCAUUUGGAGUGUAGGAAAUGCAGUUGGAUAACCAGUGUAGCAGAUGAGUAGUCAGAAAUCUGUUUCACAAAAUAAGGAGCGAGGUCACAAGCUUCUUUAAAAGGAAGAUUUUUGUUUUUCAUGUUACCUGUAUCAAGACAAGAUCACCCCUGAGAAAAUUUUGGUUUUAAUUUAGAAUUACAAGUAUAAUUGUUGUAUUGUUUUCUGCUAGUGCUUAUUGAAGACAGAAACAUCUGCAGAAUUAGAGUAACUCAACUCAGAUACUUGCUUGUUAAAUAUCACUAGUAUAGCCUUUAAUGGAAAUUAUUAAAUUGCUUAGUGGGAAAAAAUAAACUAAAUGGCAUUUAAUCUGUUUAAGAUUAAAAUUUUAAUAUUUCUUAGCUUUGCAUAAAGAACUACCUAUUUUCAUUGUUAUUUAUGAAUCAGCAUAUUAGCUAUUAAAUAUUGGAUGUAAAUUAAAUUUAAAUAUUUUAAUAUUUAAGCAAAGAGUGCAGGCAGGAAUUAUUAACAUUGAAAAGACAGGAGUAGGAGGCCAUUAAUGGCCUCACAUUGGAAAAGAAACUAAAACAUUUGUGCCUUCUAUGGGAGCUUGUACUGAUCAAGAAGGUAAUUGUUUUAAAGAACAGCAAUGGAACCUCUCUUACAUUCUUUUUAAUAAAGAAGAAAUUCUGUAGAUGAGUUUGUUAGUAAUUACUGAGUAGGAAAAAUAAUACAUGUUACUCUCUGCCACCACCUGUAGUAUGAAACAUGGAUAACUAAUGAGGGUAAGGUUUUUUGACAAUAAAGGGGAAGUUUUUUUGGUUAAAAUAUUUUUAAUAAAAUGAUGGCUUUUUAAAAAAAUAUUUAUUUAUUUAUUUGAGUUAUACAGAGAAAGAAGGAGAGGCAGAGGGAGAGAGAGAGGUCUUCCAUCCGCUGGUUCAUUCCGCAGUUGGCCGCAAUGGCUGGAGCUGCGCUGAUCCAAAGUCAGGAGCCAGGAGCUGCUUCUAUGUCUCCCGUGUGGGUGCAGGGCCCCAAAGAAUUUGGCCAUCUUCCACUUCUUUCCAAAGCCAUAGCAGAGAUCUGGAUCUGAAGUGGAGCAGCUGGAAUUUGAACCAGCUCCUAUAUGGGAUGCUGGCACUGCAGGUGGUAGCUUCACCUGCUACGCACAGAGCUGGCCCCAGGGAUGGCUUCAUUACCAAGUGGUUGCCUCAGCAUCCCUGUGAACCUUUAAAGUGAAGAUGCCUCAGAUCCCCCCUCCUGUCCUCAUGACCACUGCCUUAAAGCCCUGCUGGAAUCGUCUGGAGAGCUGGUGGUGCAGGGGCUGUGGGCGGGGCCUGACAGUCUGAAUUUCUGACAUGCUCCCAGGUGGUGUCCCUGCUGCUGGUCCAGGAUCACCCCAGAGAGGCAGUGCUCCAGAGCCCUGGGUGUGGUGUGCAGUUUAAAUUAGUGCUUAUGUAGUAAACCCCUCACUUUAAAUGGUAAGGAUCAACUGAAAUUAGGUUUUCACACAUAGUUGUUUUCAUCCAGUUUUGUUAGUUUCAUUUUUAAAGAUAUUUAUAAGGACAAAAAUUAAUAAAACUUUAGAUGUUUCUGAAAAUAAAAACUAGAAUACUGUUUCAUUGUGAAUGACAGAUUUGUAGCAUGCUUAGAUGAAACCUAGCAACCUGUUUUGAUUCGUAAAGACCACCUGCCAGUGGGCAUUUGUUUGCUAUUAAUUCUAUGCUUUGUCCUUCCUUUCUGUCCAUUGCCAGCCUCUGGAGAAAGAGGAUUUGACAAUUUUUGCAGAAGAAUUGGUGAUGAAUUAAGAGCAAAACACAGUAAGGAGUGUGGAGGGUAAUUUGCUGUUCCCAGAUAACAGAAAGUGCCCAGGGGCAGGGGAGAGGAGGGUGGGGAGUACCCACUUCCUCCAAGUCCGCUGAGGCCUCUUUCUCAGUGCCCCUCAGGGAAGCCUUCUUCAUUCUCUUAAAUAUCUUCAGAGUUCUGUUCACUCACCAAAAUGGAAUCAGCUCUUUGGAGGAUCUUUACUACAUGAGAGUAUUAACAUAAAUCUCAGAGCCCUGCUGGAUUCCAUGUAAAGGGCAGUCGAAGGAUGAAAUAGCUGCACAGCUGCAUUUCCAUCCAAGACAAGGCCCUGUGUUGAGGUGCAGGCCCCUGCCAGCUACAGAAAAUGGCCCAGGUUCCUUACCUACUUUGGCUCUCAACUCAUUUGUGAUACAUGCGUUGUUCCUGUGAGGGUUAAAAUGAAGCCUCUACAGCUGAUCUAUGGUAACAUACUUAAAAUAUUCAAGAUAAUUCAACUACAGAAAAGUUCCCCCUUUCCUGAAAUCAGAAUUAAACUUUUUCAUUAAGCAGAGAGAAAACCCAGUGCUUUGUUUGAAAUUUCAGUAAACUGGAGUGGGUUAUUUAGGACAUGACUCUUAUUUCAUAAUUCCCUUAAUGCUUGUCAGAGUUACUUAGAUAAAGUAGUGCUUAGAUUUUUAAAACAAUUAUUUUCCUUUCUUGGAUAAGGAAAAUUGUGCCUCUCAAAGAGAAAGCUGUUCAUAGUUUAGCUGCAUGAAAUAUAUCCAUGGAAUCAAAUGACUUGAAUACAUGAUACCUUUUGGUAGGUAGCAUUUUACGUACAAAUGAAGUUUUUAAUAUAGCUAUUAAAUAUUUCAUAUUUAAUGUUUUUUCCAAGUGAAAGCUUAUCUGCCACUUUGCUGUUUGGAAGGUUUUCCUAAAUUCAUCAUGCUUUUCUAAUUUUAAGACUAAGGGAGAUUUAUAGGUGUGAAAAUAUGCAUAUAUAAAAACUCAGUUGUCAGGGCUUCCUUUUAUGUUCUAGAACAAGUAUUUCUUCUUUCCUAAGUUUAAGUGUAUAUUCUAAUAAACAUUAUUCUUACAUCAUUGAAUUGUCUCCCACAGAUUUGGUAUAUACAAAGGUACUUCAAAAAGUUUGUGGAGAGUGGAAUAAUACAAAUAUUUUGAUUCAAAAAAAUUGAAACUCAGGCAUACAAAGAUUCUUUAAGACACUUGUAGAAAAUGUAUUUGACAAAAAAUGAUGCAUGGAUUUAAAAAAAUUUUUACACUACAACAUCUUUGAAUUCCAUUUUUCCAUGAAAUUUCUGAAGUAUUCUUGUAGGGUGGUGACUAAUGACAAGCUAAGUGUGUUGGACAGUCCCUGCUGUGUGCCAGGUGUUCUGAGUGUUCCAGGUACCUUACGUAUUUAAUCCUUGCUGUUACUCAGUUUUGUUGCCUGUUUUACAAAGACAGGCACUGAGAGAGUAAGUGACUUGCCAGAGAGAGAUCUCCUUUGGCGAAGCUGGGCUCUGAGUUUAGACUCCACACUGAGGGAGUAAUGUCUUCAAGAACUGUUGUUUCAAGAGAAAAUUGAUCACCUUUCUUUUAAGAUCAGUGUGAGUUUUUUUUAAUGUGCUUUUCCUGUUCAUUUGUUUUUGUUUGUUUGUUUUGUUUUAUCUUUUUUUUUUUAAGAUUUAUUUAUUUAUUUGAAAGCCAGAGUUACAAUGAGAGAGGAGGAGAGGCAUGGAAAGAGGUCUUCCCUCCUCUGUUUCACUCCCCAAUUGGCUGCAAUGGCUGGAGCUGUGCCAAUCCAAAGCCAGGAGCAUCUUCCAGGUCUCCUACACGGGUGCAGGGGCCCAAGGACUUGGGCCAUCUUCCACUGCUUUCCCAGCCAUAGCAGAGAGCUGGAUCGGAAGUGGAGCAGCCAGGUCUUGAACCGGUGCCCAUAUGGGAUGCCAGCACUGCAGGCGAUGGCUUAACAAAUGCUACACCACAGUAUCAGCCCCUGCUUUCAUGUUUAAUUCAAACACAACACAAAUCUUAUUUGUUAGUCUUCAGCAUCUUAAGUAUUGGAUAUAUAAAAUAAAAUUUGGUUUUGAGUUUGAUUAAUUAUGGCAAAGAUUAUCAGCCAGUUCUAACAUCUUUUGAUUUAAUAAUCACAGAACCACCAACUGCUGUCACUUCUGUACAAAUCAGUUUCAGUUAUGCUUAUAUAUUGUAUUUUGUGUCAAUGUGCAUUUGUAUUGUAAGAUAUAUUUUAGAUAUCUGUUGUAUUAUAUGCUUACACAACUCCUUCCAUUAAAAGGUGAGAACAGUAAACAAGUAACAAUGUAUGUGUAGAACUAAGGAAUUUCUGAAGAGACCUAUUUUAGCUAAAUAUUGAACAAAAAAUGCUCUGCCCAAUGUUUUGUUACUCUUUGCCUAAAGACCUUUAAAAUUAAUUCAAAUUAAGUCCAUAGUUUUGCAAUUGAUAUUUUUCAUUAUUUGCUUUGAUAACAGCCGAACUAUUCAUUACUCAUGGAAGCCACACAGCAUGCCCCAUUGUUUAGCCUUUUGCGUCUUUGUGUUUAAGACAACAUAAUGGAAUGAACGGUCUUGUGGUAGUUGCUCAUGGGAAUGCUAGUUAAGGGAAAGCCUUGUGUAGAGCAUAUUAUACUAGAUUGGCUUGUUACAGGUGGUUGCAGGGGGUUGGUCUAAAAUUAUGUGAAUUGUCUUUUCUCCUUUGUGAUAUGAGAUUUGUGCUCUUAUAUUUUCUUAGUAAAAUUUUCCUAUGCAUAAAGAA